UCGGGGCAGUCGGUGUCUCGGAGAAGAUCGCACCUGGCGCACGCCUCCUUGGAGCUCCCUGCCCGCAGCCCCAGAGUCUCGGGAAGGGGGCGCGCGGCAGGCCUGGGAGCUGCCCGUCUCUUGGGUCCCCGGCACUGGAGCGCCAAGUCGAGGGGCGCGGACCGCAGUCAUAUCAACAUGCCCUCUGUCCUGUUGCUGGAAGCCAUCUGCAUUUUCCUGUUUGCUGGAGCGCCCCCAUCCGUUCCUCUUCAGGAAGUCCACGUGAGCAAGGAGACCAUUGAGAAGAUUUCAGCUGCCAGCAAAAUGAUGUGGUGCUCGGCUGCGGUGGAUGUCCUGUUUCUGAUAGAUGGCUCUCACAGCAUCGGGAAAGGGAGCUUUGAAAGGGCCAAGCACUUUGCCAUCACAGUCUGUGACGCUCUGGACAUCAACCCCAAGAGGGUCAGGGUGGGAGCAUUCCAGUUCAGUUCCGCUCCUCGGCUGGAAUUCCCCUUGGACUCAUUGUCAACCCAACAGGAAGUGAAGGCAAAACUCAAGAGGAUGGUUUUCAAAGGAGGACGCACAGAGACAGGCCUUGUUCUGAAAUACCUUCUGCACACGGGGUUCCCGGGGGGCAGAAAUGCCUCGGUGCCCCAGGUCCUCAUCAUCAUCACGGACGGGAGGUCCCAGGGGCACGUGGCACUGCCGGCCAAGCAGCUGCAGGAAAAAGGCGUCACUGUGUUUGCCGUGGGGGUCCGCUUUCCCAGGUGGGAGGAGCUUCACAUGCUGGCCAGCGAGCCGAGGGAGCAGCACGUGCUGACGGCUGAGCAGGUGGAAGACGCCACCAACGGCCUCUUUAGCACCCUGAGCAGCUCUGCCAUCUGCACCAUUGCCUCUCCAGACUGCAAGGUCCAGCCUCACCCCUGUGAGCACAAGACGCUGGAGACGGUCAGGGAGCUCGCCGGCAACGCCCUGUGCUGGAGAGGAUCGCGGGGGACCGAUGGUGUGCUGGCCGCGCUCUGUCCCUUUUCCAGCUGGAAGAGAGUGUUCUUAACCCACCCCUCCACCUGCUACAGGACCACCUGCCCAGGCCCCUGUGACUCACAGCCCUGCCAGAAUGGAGGCACGUGUGUUCCAGAGGGACUGGACAGGUACCGCUGCCUCUGCACGCCGGCCUUCCGAGGGGAGGCUAACUGCGCCCCGGCACUGAGCCUGGAAUGCAGAAUUGACGUCCUCUUCCUGCUGGACAGCUCAGCGGGCACCACGCAGGAGGGCUUCCUGCGGGCCAAGGCCUUUGUGAAGCGGUUUGUACAGGCCUCGCUGAACGAGGACUCUCGGGCCCGCGUGGGCGUGGCCUGGUACAGCAGGGAGCUGGUGGUGGUGGUGCCUGUGGGCGAGUACCAGGAUGUGCCGGACCUGGUCAGGAGCCUUGAUGCCAUCCCCUUCAGCGGAGGUGCCACCCUGACGGGCAGUGCCCUGCGGCAGGCGGCAGAGCGCGGCUUUGGGAGCGCCAUCAGGACAGGCCAGGACCGUCCACGCAGAGUGGUGGUCUUGCUCACUGAGUCACGCUCCCAGGACGAGGUGGCCGGCCCCGCACGUCACGCCAGGGUCCGAGAGCUGCUCCUGCUGGGCAUAGGCAGCAAGGCCCUGCGGGAAGAGCUGGAGGAGAUUACAGGCAACCCAAAGCACGUCAUGGUCUACACCAACCCACAGGACCUGUUCAACCAAGCCCCGGUGCUGCAGCGGAAGCUUUGUAGCCGGCCGCGGCCAGGCUGCCAGGCCCAGUCGCUGGACCUGGUCUUCCUGCUGGACGCUUCGGCCUCAGUGGGGCCUGAGAACUUCGCCCAGAUGCAGAGCUUCGUGAGAAGCUGCACCCUCCAGUUUGACGUGAACCCUGACGUGACCCAGAUCGGCCUGGUGGUGUAUGGCAGCCGGGUCCAGACAGCCUUCGGGCUGGACACUCAUGUCACCCAGGCUGCAGUGCUGCGGGCCAUGAGCCAGGCCCCCUACCUGGGUGGGGCGGGCUCGGCAGGCACAGCCUUGCUGCACAUCCAUGACAAGGUGAUGACUAUCCCCAGGGGCGCCCGGCCUGGUGUCCCCAAGGCUGUGGUGGUUCUCACAGGUGGGAGAGGGGCGGAGGACGCGGCCGCCCCUGCGCAGAAGCUGAGGAACAACGGUGUCUCUGUCUUGGUGGUGGGUGUGGGGCCUGUCCUGAGGGACGCGCUGCGGAGGCUGGCAGGUCCCCGCGACGCCCUGAUCCACGUGGCAGCCUACACAGACCUGAGGUACCACCAGGACGUGCUCAUCGAGUGGCUAUGUAGAGAAACCAAGCGGCUGGUCAACCUCUGUAAACCCAGCCCAUGCAUGAACGAGGGCACCUGCGUCCUGCGGAAUGGGAACUACCACUGCGAGUGCCGAGGUGGCUGGGAGGGCCCCCACUGUGAGACCCGGACCUUGAGAGGAGAUACCCCCAAAGCACGUGGCUCCCGCCGACAGCCUGCAGCAGGGGAGCAGCAGGACCCCUCCCAGCAGCUACAGAGAAGGCCUGAGCACCCUGGGCGCUGACUGGGCGCCUGCCCUCAGCGGAGCAUCCUGUCUCAUGGGGGUCCUUCGAGUGUCUGCCUCCAGCUGUCUAGAAACCUCCUGCCCACUUUCCUCACCCAGGGAUGCGAGAUGUAGACCGUCUGCUUAGGGACAUGGUGGCAGCUGAUUUCAUCCACUAGUGAUGAUGUUGAAAAUGCUUGAUGUGUAAGUAACAACUCACUUUCUGUACCUGGCUGUGUCCUGUUGAGCUUGUGUCACCUGCCACCUUUCCCCUGAGGAGAAGCAAAGGGACCCGGAAACUUUUGAUGGCCUAUUUAAAGCUUGCCCACAGCCAAUGCUAAAUAGAAUGUGGUUGCAACAGGGAUGCGCAAAAGAAGGCAGUGAUGAGAGUGUCAUUUCGACCACUGAAGCGGUGGCAUUUCAAGAUGGAAAAAGUAUGGACCAUUUUAUCCAUCUUUUCCCCAAAGAUGUCCUGGAUGCAUUUGUUUUUCGUGUGCAAAGGGGCUUGAGUGGCAUUUGUGACUUCUGGUGACUGGAUUGGUGUGGAGGAGAGACUUGUCCCCAGGCUGGAAGGUGACUGAUCAACUAGCUGGUGGGGUUAUGGGGGAGGGGCGGAGUGUGCAAACAGCCCUGGUUCUGAGGGGCCACGUGCAGUUGGCCUGGGUACUGGGCUACAUGCUCUAGGACGGGCUUCCUUGUAGAGUUUGCUUAGGAAGGGUUAACUGCAGGGUGUUUUGAGUGCUUUUCGUACUCUCCUUUUAGUGGGGCAAAAAGGCGAAUUCUUAAACUCAACAAAUACAGCAUAAAGAAACUUAGAUGGGUUUUGCUUUAUGAAACAUAGAUCUUAGGUUGUCUCAUUCUUGUUUUGCUUUUUAUGGGUAGUUCUUAAAUGAAUGUUUCAAGAAAUGACGUUGGGCCUUUAUGUAACAGGAGUGUUUGUAGCACUAUGGCAAACAGGCUUUAGUUGGGCUAUUUUCUGGAAAACCAGGUACUUCCUCACCCCUGCAGUAUUUAGGCACCAUUUCUUCCCGGUGGUGACGUUGUUUUGAGUUCAGUUUUCCAGUAGGAAGCAUUGUAGAGCUCUGACCUAAAUCCAGACACUUUUUCAUAGCUUCUCUUUUUAUGUAAGUAAUGGAAUGUUUUGAUGUGCAGAUAUUCAAGGCUACCUUGAUUUAAACACCACUUAGCUUUAAGAACUUCUGGAUUUCUGGUACAAAGCACUUGAAGAGGUUAUCGCCACGGUAUUGUCAGAUGGUGAAAAUAAAAAGGCUGGUGGACCAAGACUGGGUCAGGACAGUCAUUUGUGUCCAAGGGAUAUUUUCAUUCCUGUGACUACGCUGGCCUUGGCAGAGGGUGACAUCAGAGCAGGGUCACAUGUCCACCCAGCAGUGGCUGAAAGGUGAUGUUGGAGAACUUACAUGAAUUCACUGUUUUUAAGUUCACAGCAGUUUAAUCAUUUUAUAGCAACGGCUGUUUGUCUGGUUCAGGGCUGGUAUUUGGACGUCCCAUUUGAAUUGCUUGGACUUAAAAUAAAAACCCACAAAACUGUGGGUUAGAUAUUGAUGGCUUUACUGUUUCUAGUUUUAGGUCCCAGCCCUUGAAAAUGUUUUACCUUUUCUAGUGAAGGUGCCACUGACUAGUUCAACCCUUUCUUUCAGCGUCCCCAUAGCAGCAGAGGGAAUUCCUAUUUUACUGCCUAAACAGCCAUGCCUUUUUCUUUCAUUUAAAUAAAACAGGCUUUUAAUUUAUACAAACAAUAAAAAAAGGUUUUCCUUGUAAAAAUUAAAACAUGGCAGAUAAGCCAUAAAUCUUUUAUUUUCUCAGAAUGAUCCUGAUUUCAACCAAUUUGCUGAAUGGCUGUAGUUCUAAUAGUUAAUUGAUUCUCUUGCUUCUCCAGAAAAAUAUCACUUACCAAUGACAGUUUUGUUUCUUCCUUUUGAAGUUUUAUACUCAGUUUUCUCAUCAUUUUGCAUUAUCUAGGACCUGCAGGAUAGUGUUUUUAAAAAAGCAACAGUGCGUAUCCGCUUCUGGACUUGAAAGAACUUUUUCAUCAUUAUAUGUUAUUUUCUGUGGAUCGUUUUAUAAAGGUAGCAAUGCAGAUUAUGAAGAGUGUUUAUCAUGAAUGUUGAGGUAUGCAUUUCUGCUUUCUUCAAGAUUUUUUUUCGUGUUUAUUCUGUUCAUAUGAUAAAUUACCUAUUAGUAUAUUUUAAAUUAUUGAACCACCUUGAUUCCUUGGAUAAAUGCUAUGAUUCUUUAAACACUGCAUAAAUGUGCUUAUCUUAAAAAUGACAGAGCCAAAAUCUGGUGCAGUAAAAAGACAACCUUAAGGCAAUAUUGAAGACAGACCUGAAAAAGAGGCUUUAAGUACCACUACUGACCACAUUUUUUAAAUUACAAGAAAAUGCUAUGACUACAACAGCAUAGCUCUGAUGCCAAAAAUCCAACACAUUUCUUGCAAAAGAAAAAAACCCCCAAUCUCAUUUUUGGACUUAUAUGACAAAGUUCUUUAAAAUAAGCACACUUAUGCUAGAAACUUUAAUUAUUACUAAGUAUUGGUAUGUUUCUUUCCCCUCAAGAAUGAUUUGGAGUGUGUUUCAACGUCUAGGCUUUUUCAGUCACUUUCUGCAGAUGUUUCCUAUGUCGUUGGUACAUUGUUACGUUACACUAUUAAAAUCCUUUCAAUCUUAUAUCUCUGCUACUUUAAGAGGCUUAACAUCUCACCUUGUGGUUCUACCAGUUUUUACUGCACACAGUUUGAAGUUCAGCGUGUAAAUAA